AUGAAUGACGGAAGAGAGAUCGGAAAUGGUGCGUAUGGACGAGUAGUGCUCUUGGCCACAAACCCACAAACUGUCGCCAAAUGGGUUCGCCAAACGGACGACGAGUACCGAGAGACUCAAUUCGAAAGGGAAUGGCAAACCCUGAUGCAACUUCGACAUCCGAACAUUGUCGCUUUCUAUGGUAUAGAAAAACGACAAGAUUGGGGAGUUUGGCAUCAUGUGAUUAGAAUGGAGUACUGUGAGAGGGAUUCAUUACGUGAGGUAAUCGGUGAUCCGACAAUCGUCUAUAACAUGAAAACUGUCUAUUGUUGGGCUGAGCAAUUGUUUUCUGUUUUGCAACUGUUUGAACAACAUGACCUCAUACAUCGUGAUCUCAAACCGGAAAACGUUUUGUUGAGCUGCAAGAGCGAUCUUUACGCUGUCGGAUUGAUUCUUUGGGAAAUCGUGGAAAGAAGAAUUGCUCAUCCGGAUUAUGAGAAUCUUGCGACAUUUGUACAGCAAUUCAUAGAAGAAAUUGAGACUGGAGUCUCUCAAAGGAGUCUGCCAGUUUGCGAUGAAAGACUCAAGGAGAUUAUUGUGAGUUGCACUCAAAUCUUCCCGAAACAAAGAGCCGCCGUUGGAGAUGUUUAUCCGCAAAUUGUUGAAAUCAACAAGAGUUACACAACUUACGAGUUUCAACCGAAGAUCGACAACGAACAGAAAACUCUUUUGAGGCCACUUGGAUUUGAUGGAGAAGGCCCUCGAGUUGCAAAUGAAUCAAUACCAUUAGAAAAACCACCUCCAACACCACUAAAACCAAAGGAACUCUUCUUGGAAAUGUCAAAAGAAGCAGCUCAAGAAAAACCAUUUAUUCCACAAGUUCAUGUUCAAGAGAAACCACAUGAACCACAGCCAAUUCUAGAAAUUCCCGAGGAGCCACCAAUACCAGAAGUACCCCCCAGAAAGUCACACAGAUCAAGAACAUUCAUUGUUCAAUCACAGCCUAGUUCUAUUAAUCCAUAUCUAAUCGUUAAUGCAUCGCCGAUAUCGACAAACUCUUCAUCGUUAUCCAUAGAAGAUCUAGAUCCUUUUCAGAAGUUAAUGCUGAUAAACAAAAAUGCUUCUGUUGAAAUCAAACGUAAAAGCUAUAAUUAUCUAGUCGACUUCCUUAAACAAGACGAAAAGUAUGAUGAGGUACUCAAAGUGAUCAGGGAAAAACGAAACACUUUAAACCUUUUCCUCAACAGUUAUGUCUUUUCUCUUGAGAAUCACAUUUUGGAUGAGAGUCUUGACUUAUCCUUAAUAAAUUUUGUCAACAUUUUGCACAAAUCCAAUGCAUUUCGCAGAAUGGUUAGCGAAAAUGAUGAUGUUGAAACGGCUGAAACAAUCAUUACUGCUGUGGGUUGUUGGGUUGAACAAGUACUCGAUGAUUUGAUGCUAAUUUACAACACUUUCACAGAGGCUUUCUAUUGCAUUGAGAAUGGGAUACAAUUUGAGUUUCCAACGGUAAUUGAGAAGCUGAAUUCACUUCAAGAAAACCCAUUCAAAGACUGGAAAAUGGUUCUAGAAACCUAUGAAGACAAGGAAGCUCAGUGGUGUCGUUUGUCACGUGAUCAGCGGCUUUUUGUACUCCCAAAUUUCAUGAAAGUUGUCACAAUGAGUGAGGGAGAAUGGAACAAUCUUGACUUUGUCCUCAGAACAAAAAGCUUUCUUAAAAAACAAAAGAAACCGAUUCUAACUUACAGUGGCUCUGGAACACACAAAGUUAGCCUUGAAAAGCUAAUCAAAUCAAUGAAGCUCUUAAACAACAAUCUGAGCUCUCCGAAAAAGUUACCGAAAGAACUCUACAACUGGCUGAGAGCUCAAAUCAGUGUUUUUGCUAAAAUCAGAAAAGGCAAUUAUCCAAACUAUGUUUUUCUCUUUGGACAUCCACCAGAGCGACCCGAGUGGGGCCUGGCUGCUGAUCUCUCCGAAGCAAAAAUGGAGACUUAUACUCAAAUUCAUGCACUUUUGCGAGACUCGUUUUGUUUUCUCAAAUACCCUUAUCACUUGUUUAACGAAGAUUCGACGGCUGUCAAUGAAAAAGGUCUAAAAUUGGUUAAAGCUUUGCAAGGAAAUCAAAGAAUAACUGAAAUACUUUUUCUCAAGCUGACAAACGGAAUGAUUCUUCUUGAGUUUCCGGAUGAUUUGAGUAAAAUGAAAAAUGUAGAGGCGUCGUGUCUUUGCUUGAAUUUAGUAGCUGGUCAGGUUAGAAAAGAGAACGUUGUGCUUGAAAAGGGAUAUGAAUUGGUGCCAAUUUCACUUGAUCACGUUGCAAAUGUUCUGCAACAGUACACCCAGUUUCUACUCUUUGAAAGCGCUUCAAUCUCUGCUGGAACGAAACGAGAAAAAAAGACGAGUUUGUUACAAAAAGCUUUUCGCUGUCUCAUU